CAGGAAACAUGAUUCUGAAAACCCACCUCCUCAUAGGUGUGCUGAAUCACCUGAUGUACCAGUUGGUAUCUUGCUUUCCAACAGAAACAGGAUCUGACUUCAGGUCUGCCUUCUCAGUAGCCAGAACCACCAGCAUGGAAGGUAGCUCUAAGAUGGUCAUCAUGUUUGACAAAGUCUAUGUUAAUAUCGGCAAUGACUUUGACCCUCAGACUGGAAUUUUCCGUUGCCGGAUUCCUGGAGCAUACUAUUUUUCAUUCACAGUGGGGAAGUUUCCUAAGAAGAACCUAUCAGUUAUGCUAAUGAAGAAUAAGAAUGAGGUACAGGUAAUUGCCUAUGAUGAGCACCAUCGCAAUGAAAGGAAGGUAGCCAGCCAAAGUGCUAUGUUACAGCUGGAGUAUGGUGAUACUGUGUGGCUUCGCUUGCAUGGAGACCCGAAGUAUGCAUUGUACAGUAACAUUGGGCCAUACACAACAUUUACUGGUUAUCUCAUCUAUCCAGACUCCCCAUCUUAUUUAAGAAAUGCAGUGAAUUAUCAGGAGACUGCAAACCACAUCCAGCCACACCAUUUCAACAUUAAGCAAACUAGACAGGGGCAGAACCAGGUUGCCCAGGAAGGGAAUUUCCUGUUGGAUCAACCAGUGAGACUAAAGGAAGAAAUGGAAGACCCACGAUCAGCAUUCUCAGCAGCACGAUCUGAAAGCCUGGAGGGAAAUGACAGUAAGCAGCUGCAGCAUGAACCUAUCACAUUCGACACAGUGUUUGUGAACAUUGGAAAUGACUUUAAUGCAUCUGUAGGGGUAUUCUCCUGCCGCGUCCCUGGAGCAUAUUACUUUUCCUUCACUAUCGGGAAGCUACCCUACAAAACAAUGUCUGUGAAACUCAUGAAGAACCAUAAUGAGGUUCAAGCCAUGGUGUAUGACGACAACCACUCUAAAAGGAGGGAGAUGCAAAGUCAGAGUCUAAUGUUGUCCCUUAAGCAUGGCGACACAGUUUGGCUUUACAGUCAUCAACAUGAUGGUUAUGGUGCCUAUAGCAACCAUGGCAAGUACAUCACUUUCACUGGAUUCCUGGUGUAUCCUGAUCAACUUCAACCUGGCCAUCUGCAGCACGCAGAGUGGAAAAACACAGAAAUCUAAUCGUCACUGUUGGCCUUUUUCUACUGUAAAUAAAGAGCUUUCAACAAGAAAUGUGAACAAAAUAACUGUCAGCUUGUCCCCAUUAAUGAAGCAUGUUUAAAGGGUACAUUGUGUAUAGCCGCAUGGCUUCAGCUUAUGUUUGUUAAUGUGUUUUUUUUUUUGUUACACUGUAGCAUUCCUGGAGCAUGGAGAAGAGCUUAGCUGAUUCCUGCCUAGCAUCAGACUGCUUCAGUGUUUACCCAAAGGAACAAUACUCAUCCCAAAAAAUGACAAAAGUCUGCACUCCUCAGCAAACACUUAACUCAUGGUUUAGUUGGGAAAGCAUGCCAACAGGAUUUUAUGAGAGUCAGACACUAAGAGAAGAAAACAUGCUAAAAUCUGAGAACCCAGUGAGUAACAAGUGCAUAGCAAUAUAAGUGCAGUAAAACAGGACACCAGCUAGUCUCAGGAAUAGAACCAGGCUCUAUCUUUAUGUGUGCAUGUUUCUACAGAGCUACUUUGGAGAGUCAAACUCUUAAAGGCUGAAAAUAAAUGGUACACAGCCGACACCAACAACAUUGCUGGAACAACCUUAACCCCAUAGCAGAUCAGCACUAUAGGAGGAGUCAGAAGAAGUAAUUUAAAGCAGUUGUCUGAAAGGGUGGCAUGGAGAAUAAAUACAGAAUUAGUCUGGAAUGAAGUAUAACACUACAGAAAUGGUGGUGCGAGUAAGAAAUGGUUACAUAAUCUGUAAUAAGAACCUACUGAAACACAGAACUCUAACUGUUGAUCUCACUGUUACCUUCUUGAUUAGCCCUAUUAAUGUCCAACACCCGGCCCACUCACCACGUGAUCUAACAAUAUUUACAAAAUCCUUCUUCUACCUAGGAUAAUGAUGCUAUCGCCUGAAGGACUGGAGAGUGACAUGACUGGUACUUACUUGUAGUAGCUUGAAACUUAUAACAUCUUAAAUAGGAACAUAAAGCUAUAAGUUGCUGACAAGCUUUUUGGACUUGCAUGCUGUCUGACUCUAAGUUCUUUAACCAGGUCAAAGUUCAUAGGUCACCACCACAAACAUCACCAAAAAAAAAAAAAAACAGCUUGUGUCAUGUGGAAUUUGUCAAGUUAGUAACGUAAAGAAAUAAAUAAAAAUUACAUACUUCUGUUUGAGUCACAGUUUUAAUCCAGGUCUGCUAAAAAACAUUCUGUGGAAUCACCCUGUUGCUACUCAUUGUCUUAAACUUUGGACCAUCAGGAAAUGUCUUUCCUUAAUGUGAUCUAUUUGUGCAUUUAUGAACUUCCAUUCCUGUGUGUUGUCAUUGAAGACAACAGCUUAUCAGAUUGGCAUAAUAAAACAGAAAAUGUUGUAGAAUUAUGGAGUUAUAUCACACAGCUGAAGUUAAUUAAUUUCAGUAUAAAACAGUAGGAAUUAUUUCCCAUUAGGAAAACUUUCAGAAUAUAGAAUCAGUGGCAGAGUCAGUCACGAAUACAACAUGCCUUAUUAAGACAUGUCAGUAACAUGAUUUAUACAGCAAUACAGAACUGUUUGGCAAUCAAGGACUACUUGUUUCACCUCUGCCUAGUUUCCUACUUGCUGCAUAACUUGCAAAUCUUAUUUAACCAGGUGCAUAUUCUUUUUUUUCUCAUCCCUCAUUAAUGCAUUCUUAUAUUUCUUCCAUGUAUUUUUAACUAUGCAACUGUUUUAUCCCCUUUUACUUAAAACAGUAUGGUGUGAUAAUUAUUCAAUGUGUGUGUGUGUAUACAGAAAGGAGCAAUAGGAAACAGUAGUGAAGUGAUCACCAUGAAGAAAACAGAAGCUUAAACACACACACACACACACACACACACACACACACACAGGCCUAUUUCUCUUGUUCAAAAUUACACUUGUUCGAACAAGGGAAGAUCAAGACCUAGUUUAGCAAAAGUGCACUUCCGCAAAAAUCACUUUACUGAUCUCAGACUGCAUUCUCGCACUUAGUAUUUAUAAGUAGCUUGGGUCUGGUUCAGCAAACAAAAACACAUUUUAGCAGGGGGGCAAGCCUGCCUGCAAUCCCCAUGUGGUGGCUUGUGCCCCCACACCCCCGCUAAUUAUAUAUACUAAUUCCUAGAUAGCACUGCAGUGGGGAAAAGGUAUAUUUCCUUGUUUCCACUAUACUGUGGCUUAGUAAAGUGAGUUUCUGUCAGUUAACUGCAGUGUGUGUGCAUCUGUGUGUGUCUGUGUGUGUGUGUAUUUCAGCUUCUGUUUUCUCCAUGGUGAUCCCUUUACUACGGUUUUCCAUUACUCCUUUCUUCCCCUUAGACUGUUUCACAUAACCAGGAGGAUAUUUAUUCUAGUCAUGAGCUGCUGUAAAUGCGCAUAGAAUAUUAUCCACACACGGGUUUUGUUCCUACAUUCUUUGAAUUUAAAAAUGCUCAUUGUUGCUGGGUAGUCCCUUAAUGCAUGAAACAGUUUGUAGUUGAUCUUUCCCAAUUAACUAGGGCAAAAUAAAUAUUAUAUUCUCCUAUUUUCAGGCUUUGUCUUUUCACUUCAUUGUCUGAAAUAAUAAAACAAAAAAUAAUUCUGUAGUGAGUCGAUUCUGAUUAGCCUGAUAAUUGGCAAAAAAAUGGUAAACAUUUGGCUGUUUUCAGUGUUGACCCUUAUUCAUGAGCUUUGGUCUGGUUAUGUAAUAUGCUCAUAGUAUACAAAUGUGCAGAUGGAGGCUGUGAGAAUCAAACAGACGUAUACUCACUCACAAAUCUGUUACAACUUCACAAUGGCAUGACUGUGAUGGGAUAUUUUUAUUAAAUCAAGUCAGAGUGCAAAAUCCCCUACAUUUCACUUUAUCACAGACAUAUGGGCAGUUUACAAGUUGGUCAUUAGAAAACAGCAGAAAAUAAUACUAAAAACCUGAUCAGAACUACAUUACAAAAGGCCCUUUGUUUAUUUUUUCCUCCUGAGAAAGACGGGUAAAGCUGCCUCAAAACCACAUAGAAAGAGGAACACAUAAUUGAAAUAAACAACAAAUAAUUUUAAAUGAAUCUCAUGUAGCUUUAAGCAUUUGGUGCUAGUUCUCACUACUGCUUUAACGGGGGACAGUUGGUAAAAAUGUAUUACUGAUUAGAUGUUGGGGAUAUCCAGACAGUCUUUAUGGGGCACUGUACCUCUUACAUGGCUUGUAAAGUAAGGUCUGAUUUGUAAUCUUAAUAUGGUCCACAUAUUAUGGAAAUGAACUUCAUCCAGACAAAGAAACUUGUCUGGGAGUUUGAAGAAGAAGCAGUCAUUUCUCUUACCUCCCAGAACAUUUCUUUUCAUCACCAGAUCAUUUACUCUUUUUAAGUUUUUGUUGUUUCAUUCAGGAUAUGGGAUUGUUGACUUCAUAAAUACCCUUCCUUUGGGUAUCAGAUUUGCUUUUAAUGUCGAAUUUCUGUAAAUAACAUGCACAAAAUCUUUUUCCCUAAAGUAUGUUCCGAAAGAGUUGCUCUCAGUGCAAGUGACUUACUUCGGUAUAAGGCCUAUCGAUAAAAACAGUUGCACUGUAGGCCAGAUGACAAAAAACCUGCUUUGAGUGUAAGAGGUCGCUUACACAGAGAACAAGCCUUUUGGAUUCAACCCAUUGUAUUGUAGCUGUGUUUCUGAAUUCAUGCCAGCUGGAUGCUAUGAUUUUAUUUAUUCAGGAUGGUGGGAGUUAUACAAUGUUUUGCUGAAUAAAAUGCUGGUCUUAAUGUGGCUUAGAACACUGUCAUGACUGAAUCACCCAUUCUAUUGUUAAAUUUAUUUUCUGGUUUUAUAAAAAUGUUGCACUAUUUUCUCAUGUUUGUGACAGUACGUAGUUACAUUUUCCCCUAACAUUGCAACUUGAUAGACUACAGAAAUUAGGUGAAAUGACAUGCGCUCUAGGUCAUCAUGUGUUUAAGUGUCUGUCCCUGGAUUUGAAAAUAUAGCAUUUUCAACCUGAAGUCGAGCUUUAUUGUCUUGUCAAAACUGUUCCAUUAAAAAGUAGAAAGCUAUACCAA